GAUGCGUAAAGGGGCGAUCAAACUCCUCACAUCCACCGGUGGCAGCGGCAGCAUCAGCGACCCCCUUAUAUUUGGACAAGAGGGCCAGAACAGGGGACAAACUACUAUCCUGGACAAUUGUUCACGCCUCAUGCAGAAGCGACCAGAAGCCCAACCACAAGCCUGGAGCCCACCUGUUUGAAUCCGGUCCCUGUUCGCUCGGAUCACCCGGCGGAGCUCAUGAGCUCAGCCCGGCCAGAGGACGCAGGCAGAGGGGCACAGAGGCGUACGAGGACCCACGCGGUGUCCCGGCUCGGAUGCAUGGAUGCUCGCUUCUUCUUCUUCUUCUUCUUUUUCUUCUUUUUCAGGAGCUGCAGUUGCUCGUCUGUGGCGAUCCAGAAAUAGCAGCAGCCGGUCUAGAGGUUGUGUGAGGGAGCGUCUGAAGAGGUUUAUUUGCGGUAAUGUCAUCACAGAUGAAGAGGAGAAGCUCGAGAGGAAGGUCAAACCCAAACCACGUGGCUCCACAAAACGAGCGCCAAGGAACACGUCUUCCACCACAUCUACGACCGCAGCUGCUGUCAAAACCAGUAAAUACUUCCAGUCGCCAGAGAAGGAGGAGGUGAGUGACAGUGAAGAGGACUUUGACAUGGUGACCUCAGCAGCACCUGCGAUUAAAGUGAACGCCAAGGAAACCAGGAAAGAAGAAGAAGAGGAGGAGGAGGAGGAUAGUGACGAAGACGAGGAUGAUUGGGAGGAAGUGGAAGAGCUUUCUGAGCCGCUGGGUCCAGUUGAACCACAGGAACCCGUCCUGCCCUCACAGCCCGUUGAGAUAGAGAUCGAGACUCCAGAGGUCAGGAAGAAGCAAAAGAAGAAGGCAGAGUUUGAGACUUAUAUGAGGCGGAUGGUGAACCGAUACAAGAAGGACGUGCUGAUCGACACACACAAGGUCCACGUGAUGUGCCUGAUAGCCAGUGGGAUCUUCCGCGGCCGUCUGUGCUGUGAGCCGGACUUGCUGGCCAUCACUCUGUCUCUGCUGCCCACCCACUUCAGCAUGGUCGCCAAGGAACGCAUCGACCAAAACUACCUCUCUGGACUGCACAAAUGGUUUAGAUCAACGUUCACCCUCAACCCCUGUCUUCCCUGUGAGGAGCGUCAGAACCUCCGCACUCUGCUGGAGAGGCGGCUGGCCAGCCUGUCUGCCAGAAACCACCAGGAGAUGACAUAUCUGUUCCUGUUGGUCCUGAGGUCUCUGCAGCUCUUCUGCCGAUUGGUUCUUUCUUUGCAGCCGAUUCCUCUCAAACCCCCAUCAGCCAAGGGCAAAGGGGCAAGAACUUCUACCGGUGCCCCAGGAAAGAGCAACACAUGCCAGCAAACCUCCAAGACCACCUCCCCUGAGCAGAAGGUCUCACCUGGCACCAAGAGACCAGCUGGAGGGGGGAAGAUCACAGGAGACCGAGGAGGAAAGAAAGCAAAGACGAAAGAAAUAAAGGAGGAGCAUGACGAGGUAAAGGAGAAGACUAAAACAUCGGGAGGGCAGAGGCCAAAGAACUCAAAACGUCGCAGGAUCGCCUCUAAAGUCAGCUACAAGGAAGAAAGUGACAGCGGAGGGGAAAAGAAGGAGGAGGGGCUUAGCGAAGAGGAGAAAUUUCAGGCGACCAGUGAGGAGAACAGUGAGGAUUCAGAGGGAGGCGCUAAAUCCACAAAGUGGAAGGAGGGGAAAGGAAAGAGCAAAGCCAAAGUGACAAACAGCAAGAACACUGCAGCUCCGAAGAGAAGGAGUAGUGGAGGGAAAAAACAGAUCAAAGACGAGGAGGGCAAAGAGUGGGAGGAAGAGGAGGAAGAUGAUGAUGAUGAAGAAGGAACCAUGCACAACAGAACAAAGCGAAGGAGAAAGAAUGAGGGGCCCGGAGCGGACGAGUGGUUGGAGGUGUAUCUGGUGAAAACCUCCUCCUGGGUUUGCGUAGACGUGGAGCACGGUGUCGGGAUGCCUCACCUCUGCUCCCAGAAUGCAACGGCGCCGAUUACGUACGUGGUGUCAGUGGACGGAGACGGCUUUGUGAAGGACUUGGGAAGGAAGUACGACCCCACCACGUUGACAUCUUCCAGGAAGAGGCGGGUGGAUGAAGAUUGGUGGGAAAAGACGCUUGAGCCGUUCAUUGGACCCGAGGACGAGAGGGACAUAAAGGAGGACAAGGAGCUCCAGAACAAACUGCUGAACAAACCCCUGCCCAUCUCAAUAGCGGAGUACAAGAACCACCCGAUGUACGCCUUAAAGAGACACAUACUGAAAUAUGAAGCUAUCUACCCAUCAUCAGCCACUGUACUGGGAUACUGCAGGGGAGAGCCGGUGUACUCCAGGGAUUGUGUGCACACGCUCCACUCCAAAGACACUUGGCUGAAAGAGGCACGGACUGUCAGACUAGGAGAGGAACCAUCUAAGAUGGUGAGGGGCUUCUCUAAUCGUUCCCGCAAAGCCAGGAUGGCGUCUGAGCAGAAGGAGGAGAAUGACCUGGCUCUGUUUGGAGAAUGGCAGACUGAAGAGUACCAGCCGCCUCUAGCAGUGGAUGGGAAGGUUCCCCGUAACGACUAUGGUAACGUCUACCUGUUCAAGCCCUGUAUGUUACCGGUGGGCUGUGUUCACCUCAAGCUGCCCAACCUGCACCGCGUGGCCAAGAAGCUGAACAUGGACGCCGCCCCUGCGGUCAUGGGCUUUGACUUCCAUGGAGGAUACUCGCAUGCUGUGACUGAUGGUUACAUCGUGUGUGAGGAGCAUGAGGAGAUUCUCAGAGCGGCCUGGGCGGAAGACCAAGAGAUUCAGAAACAGAAGGAGAAAGAGAAAAAAGAAAAGAGGGUGAUCUCCAACUGGACUCUGCUGGUGAAGGGGCUCCUGAUCAGAGAGAGACUCAAACAGCGCUAUGGAAAGAAGAACCAGGGACUGGGGUUCCUCGAGGGGGCCGGCGGGCUUUCGUCAGAUGAGGAGGUGGUUGAGGCUGGAAGUCCUUCAGCUAAGACGGCGUCUGAGACUCUGGCCAUGUCCUGGCCCCAGAACAGACAAGCAGAGGAGGACGGAGAGAGCAUCAGCGGACUGAAGAAGAAGACGACAAAACGAGAGAAGAGAGGACAAGACAAACAUUUGUUCCCCUUUGAGAAAGUGUGAUGUCAGGGAGCCAAAAACAUUCUUAAGUUUAGUUGAAUCAAGGAUAAUUACUCUGUGCUCCCAAACUAGAACUUGACUGACUGCUCCUGAUAUUUACUUUGGAAGACGGUCACAUUCCUUGAAGGCAGGAUAAAGUGUGCCUCAGGUGUAACACAUUUUUAAAAUCACUUUUUACAAGUUUAGUCAACUUUGGAACCUUUGGCUGUAACAUUGUAAGAAAGAGAGGAAGAAGAAGGAGUAGGAGAGGAAUGUUUUGUAGUGAACUGAUCUGCAGAUUGAUCUAUUUCUUCCAGUGGUGGUAAUACAUGAAUUUAACCUGCUCUUUCUCCACCAUCACUGUGCAUCCUCCCAUGAGCUCAUGUACUCUGUUGUUAGCUUCUUAUAUUAGAGCUUAGUAGAAAUGCAGUACAUGCCAAGUUGCCACGGAGCAAAAAAACAGAACUUGAAUAUCAAAUGUGAUAAAUUGUCACGUAUGUUGUUGUUACGAAGAGUGUUAUCAGGUUUCCUGGGAGAGAACAAACUCAACAUGAAUGUGAAAACAGGUGUCUUUACAAUUUCAGAUGUGUGUUAAACAUGGGCUAAAGAUGCACUGCGCUUCAUUUUACCCCGACUGCUGUGAUACACUCAGCCCUCUUGCUAGUAUUCAGUGCUCCAAAACUUGAUCAGUACAGCGCUGGUUUGAGCCCCGUGGUCAUGGUUUCCCUUUCAGUUCAGCACACAAAACGGCAAA